AUGUACAACCCACUUAGCAUAGUAUUCGGUAAUUCGUUGCUUACUUCCAAAUUUAAAGAGUGGAAGAAAUUCCGUAAAAUUAUGGAACCGACCUUCAGUAAUCGUAUCAUCGACUCAUACGUCAGCACUUUCCACGAGAAGAGCCAGCGCAUGGCUGACCUGCUGCAGGAACGCUGCCACGGAGAGCCAUUCAACAUGGCGGACUACUCGCUGCCCUGCGCUCUGGAGAUGCUCUCCGAGACGAGUCUGGGCGUGCCGAUGAACAUACAAGAGCACAUGGUAUCAACUAUGGUGGAAAAUCCAGGACUGUUAAGCAUAGAGGAACUACAGGACCAGGUCAUGGUCGGUAUCGCAGCUGGUACAGACACCACAGCCUAUGCCGUAGCAACCACACUGAUGCUGCUAGGAUUACAUCAAGAUGUGCAGAGGAAAGUCCUAGAAGAGCAGGAAAGCAUCUUCGGCAAAGACACAAGCCAACCUGUCACGACAAGAGAUCUGCAACAAAUGGUGUAUUUGGAACAAGUCAUAAAUGAGACAAUGCGACUUUAUCCCAUUCUACCAAUUAUGGCAAGGCGGGUUGACGAAGAUGUCAGUGUUAACAGCUACACUUUGCCAGCAGGCACAAUUGUCAUAAUCCCAAUUUAUCUAGUGCAUAGGAAUCCAGAAUAUUUUCCAAACCCGGACACAUUCGAUCCUGACAGGUUCAGCAGAAAGAAUAUUGCCAGUCGCCUUGCUUGUUCGUUUAUCCCGUUUUCCUACGGGCGAAAGAAGUGCCUUGGCAAGAGCUAUGCUUAUAUGGCAAUGAAGACCAUGCUGUCUGUGCUGCUGCGAAGGUACGAGGUUCUAGAAUGUGGCUCCAGGGAAGACAUGGAGUGUUUUGAAUUUGAAUUUUUUUUUAAGUUUAAACAUGGGCAUAGUAUUAGGCUGAGGCAGAGGACUGUUGUGAUUAAGUAA